AGGUGGGAAGAUGUGUGUUGACCGUUAGGCAAUAAAGUGAGAAAAGGGAGGGAAAGACUGAAAUGACGACCAUACCCUCACCCUCUACCGCCAUUAUGUCGACUCCUCCGAGUUGUGUGAUCUACACGCUCUUCCACACUCACCCCACGCGCUCAAUUCUCGCCCCUUAAUACCCCUCACUCCAUUCUAGGGUUUGCAUUCCCUUUUCAUCCUAAUCGAUCCAACGCACCAAUCACCCAAGAUAACAACAUGUUGCAGCUUCUCUACGCCGUCAUUUUCGCCCAAAUGUUCGUCAUUGUUUCAUUCCUUUUCAAAACUCCGGCCAGGAAGCUAGUCAUCGUCACAUUGGAUCGGGUCAAGCGCGGCCGCGGCCCCGUCGUCGUUAAGACCGUCGCCGCCACGCUGCUCGUGGUGCUCGCUUCCUCGCUCUACAGCAUCGCCAAGAUCCAGCGUCGGAGCCUCGAUGCUCCCGUUGUUAACCCCACCGACCAAGUCCUCGUCUCUAAGCACACGCUCGAAGCUUCUCUUAUGGGGUUUGUGCUGUUUCUGGCUCUGAUGAUCGACAGAUUGCACCACUACAUCAGAGAGCUUCGGUUACUGAGGAAGGCCAUGGAAGCUGCUAAGAAACAGAGUCGAAGUUUUGAGGACGGUAAAACUGUGAGUGCAACCGAGCACAAGGCUUUGGUGGAAGAAAUUUCGACAUUGAAGCCCCAAAUUGAGAAGCUGGAAUCUGAGUGUGAAGUAAAAGCAAGGAAGGCUAAGGCCAUGGAAGCUGAGGUGGAGGCUCUUAGAAAGCAAUCUGAGGGGUUUCUUAUGGAAUAUGACCGCCUCUUGGCAGACAAUCAGAAUCUUCGCAGUCAGUUGCAGGCUAUUGACCACAGUUCUUCCCAUGCUGUUAACAAAAAGACCACGUGAAGUUUCAAAUAUGCUAAAACAAUUUUCUUCUUUCAUUCACUUGUUUCUGCCUGAGUGAUGCGUGUUUUCAUUAGAUAAAUAGGUCACAGUAGAUAGAGGAGAGGGGUUUUAUGCCUAUUCAUUAUACUUAAAACACCUUAUA